UCUCAUUUCCGUUUAAUUUCCUCCCUUCCUUCCCCUAUAAGGUAUUUCCUUCCUUCCGACCCAAAUCAAUCAGAAUUACUAAUAUUUGAUCCCCCCAAAAUAAAAAUGUCAAAGCAAAAUGCCGUCUUCAUUGUAGCCAUUCUACUGUUACUCACCGUUACAUGUACCGCUCGCGGUGAUCCUUCUCUGCUGAAAGCCCGAAAGGAGAAUCCUGAGGCGGAGAAAUUCGUGGGGGUUGAAGGAGCAAGCUGCCAAGGAGCGGAGGAUGAAGAAGAGUGCUUGAUGCAGAAAAGUUCUGUGGCUCAUCUCGAUUACAUUUACACAAAUGACAGCCAUGGCCGUUAGCAUACUCCUUUUCCAUGCCCCGAUGUGUCUAGGUGCAAAAUAAAUUAUGGAAACGGGUUAUAUAUAUAUAUAUGAAAAACGUUUUCAUUUACUUGCUUUUGCGAGUUGGAAUUGUAUUACAAAUCAAAUUCAUUCGCUUUUGGAAUUGUAUUACCAACUACCAACCUUUUGGACUUGUGUAAUUAUUCCACAAACAAGAAUAC